CAAUUUCCAUCACCAGCACCAGCCUGGCCAAAAAGCGACGUUGCGUUCAUCCCUUCGCGCAUUUCGAAACACCCUGAUCAACCGCUUUCCGCGCUUUGACCACGAUUCAACACCGCAAAGAUGCCUGGCAUUCCGUUCGGCGCCUUGGACAACUUGAAGGAGAAGCUCCGGGCUGCCUUCAAGAAGCGCGGCGAGAAGAAGGCCGCGAAGCCCGACGAUAAGAAGCCCGAGGAGACCGGUGCUGCUGCCGUUGCGGCCCCGGCUGCUGCUGCGACCGCCGCUACGGAGGCGACCAAGACCGAGACCGCUGCCGCUGCGGCUCCUGCCGAGGCUCCUGCCGAGGCUCCUGCCGCUGAGACGGCUGCUGCGCCCGCUACCACCACCGAGGCCCCGGCCGCCGAGCAGAAGACGGAGGAGACUCCGGCUCCUGUCGUGGCUGCUGCCGAGACCACAGCUGCCGCCGCUCCGGCUCCUGAAGUGACCCCGGCUCCGGCUGCCGCUGCCGCUGCGGCCCCCGCCACUACUAAGGCUGUCGCUGCUCCCGCUGCCACCGAGCCCACCCCGGCUCCCGCCGCCGAGGCCCCUGCUGCCGAGGCUCCUGCCGCUGAGGCUCCCGCUGCUGAGGCUCCUGCCGCUGAGGCUCCCGCCGCUGCCGAGGCUGCUGCUGCUACUGAGACUCCUGCUGCUGAGGCCCCGGCCGCUGAGGAGAAGAAGGAGGAAGCGGCGGCCGCUGCUACUCCCGCUGCGGCUCCCGCAGCUGCGGUUGCUACUGCCCCCGCUUCCACCGCCUAAACUCUGACCGACACUAUCCGACAACGAUUCCACGACCCGGCAGAAAUGACGGAUUGAUGGGACACCGGGAAGGCGGUAUAGAGGGCGAGUGACACCGGGAUGGCGGUCGCUUUGGUCCAUCGUUUUCGCGCGGCAGGUGAUAUGCUGCAGACAUGGGAAUGAUAGGUACCUGACGAUGCCACACGGUGCUUGGUGCUAGGUGCUUUGAUUUUGC